UUCAAACAAUCCCAGAUUUUUUUCACUCUUCAGUCCAACCAGUGAACACUCGAGUCUCUUUUCUUUCCAGGGAAUAUGGGUAGAGAAAUUCAUAUGUUCUUCUUCCCAUUCUUUGCUCACGGUCACAUUAUCCCUACGGUGGACAUGGCCAAGCUGUUUGCAAGUCGAGGAGUGAAGACAACGAUAGUCACCACUCCUGUCAAUGCUUCUUUCUUCUCCAACACAAUCCAGAGAAGCAGGGAAUCCGGUAUCCAUAUCGCCGUCGAGCUUCUUAAGUUUCCGGCAGCUGAUGUUGGGUUGCCUGAAGGGUGUGAAAGCACAGACCUGCUCCCUACUUCCCCGGAUGAAAAUUUCGAAACGAUGAUGAAAUUCAUGCAGGCCGUGCAAUUGCUUCAAGAACCGUUCGAAAAACUGUUACGAGAAUUCAAACCGGAUUGUUUGGUUGCUGAUUUGUUUUUCCCUUGGGCCACUGAUGCAGCAAACAAGUUCGGGAUUCCAAGGUUGGUGUUUCAAGGAACUAGUUACAUUUCACUGUGUGUAAUGGAAUGCAUGAGGAUAUACGAGCCACACAAAAAGGUUCAGUCCGAUUCCGAGCCUUUUGUGGUGCCUAACCUUCCCGGCGACAUCGAGUUAACCAAAAGCCAACUGCCAGAUUCCUUAAAACAAGAUGUUGAAACUGAUUUUAGCAAGAUAGCGAAAGCAGCCAGGGAAGCUGAGCUCAAAAGCUACGGUGUAGUUGUCAACAGUUUUUACGAGCUCGAGGCACCGUACGCUGAUUACUUUAGGAAUGUAUUGGGGAAAAAGGCAUGGCAUAUCGGCCCUCUUUCUCUCUGCAAUAGGGAAAACAUAGAUAAAGCUGAGAGGGGAAAGAAAUCAGCCAUUGAUGAACACGAGUUUUUGAAGUGGCUUGACUCCAAAGAACCCAACUCAGUUCUUUACAUAUGUUUUGGGAGUAUGACCUGCUUCACCUCUGCUCAAUUAAAGGAGAUCGCCAUGGCCCUCGAGGCAUCAGAGUUGCAGUUCGUUUGGGUUGUGAGGAAACAAAAGAACAAUGAAGAAGACAAUGACUGGUUGCCUGAAGGAUUUGAGAAGAGAAGUGAAGGCAAAGGGCUUAUAAUAAGAGGAUGGGCACCCCAAGUGUUGAUUCUUGAUCAUGUAGCGGUCGGGGGAUUCGUGACUCAUUGUGGAUGGAAUUCGACCUUGGAAAGUGUGUGUGCUGGUGUGCCUAUGGUCACCUGGCCAACAUUUGCAGAGCAGUUCUACAAUGAAAAGUUGGUGACUCAAGUCUUGAAGAUUGGAGUUGCUGUUGGUGCUCAGAAAUGGGUGAGGCUAGUGGGAGAUUUUGUGAAAAUGGAAGCCAUUGAAAGGGCAGUGAAGGAGUUGAUGAAGGGUGAUAAAGCAGAGGAAAUGAGAAACAGAGCCAAAGCACUGGCUGAAGCCGCAAAAAAGGCUUUUGAAAAAGGAGGGUCUUCUCACUCUGAAUUGAAUGGUCUAAUUGAAGAAAUCGGCCUGGCGUUCUCAAUAGAUCAAUAGUCAUUUGGUAUUUUUGGUUCUUCGACUUCAUGCAUGUUUUACUUUACUGUAAACUUGGAAGAGAAAUAUUAAAUAAAUUUAUAAACUUGAUAUAGUCCACAA